GAUUGGGGUCACUUCAUGAAGUACCAGCUGCAGCAGGUGGAUGAGAUGCUGGCAGCAAGCAUGAACCACCCCUCCAUCAUGGCCUGGGCAUGGUUUAAUGAAGGACCUUCCAACAAUGAGGCAGCCUGUCAGGCCUAUCUCCAGUGUUCGCUUCGCGCGGCCGAAGCGGAUCCCACGAGGUUUCGAACCUGGGCUUCCAACAAGAGAGAGGAGGACAAGUGCCUGCAGUAUGCGACGGCCGUGAGCUUCAACAAUUAUCCAGCCUGGUAUUCGGACAAGCAUGACCUGGCGGCGCCAAAGCGCCAGUGGACCAGCAGCGCUGCUUGGGCGCGGCAGAACUUUCCGGACAAGCCCUUCUUUAUCAGCGAGACUGGUGCGGGAGGUCUCUACGAAUGGUCCGACAACAAAACAGAUGCGUACUGGACGCUCAAGUACCAGCAAGAGGUGAUUGACGCAGAUGUUGAUACCGCACUUGCAGAUAGCAACGUUUCUGGACUCAUCCUCUGGCACUUCUUCGACUUCAAGGGUAGCUUGGCGCUUUGA